CUGCCUAUGCAGGUACUUUAUACUUUGUAUCUCCAGGCUUUCAUUCCACAUGUGCACUGCAGAACGUGAAUCCUUCUUUCUUCAAUUCUUCAACUCUUCAACAUACAUACACAACAUCUUUACACUAUACAACUUUUAAUACGCCACAAAACAUAGCACCUAUACAACACACCUUUACCUUCCUUCGCUAGAACAGCAGUUGAUCCCAUUAAAUCAAACAUGUGCUCCGCUGAUCUGUUCCUCGGCCUGCUGGCUAUCCUUUUCCCUCCACUUGCCGUCUGGGUGAAGACUGGCCUCUGCAGCGCCGAUAGCAUUAUCAAUCUCCUCCUCUGUGUUCUUGGCUACAUUCCCGGCCUCCUACACGCUUGGUACAUCAUCGCCAAGUUCCCCGAAACCUACGAGUAUGACCCUGUAUCCACCGAUGCCGACGAGCGUGGCGCCCGUGGCGGCAGCGUUCGCUACGUCUUCGUAGAGCCGCAACCGCACCCACAACCUCAAGUCCACCCACAUCACUAUCCACAGCAGCCCAACUAUGGCACCGCAGCAGCAGCCGGAUCUUCCUCUGCAGGUCCCGCGACAGAAGGAGAAGAGGGCAGAGCUCCUCCGACCUACGCCGAGGCCGUGAAGGGCGACCACAAGAUCCAGACUCACGAUUAGGCGUCCUAUGCGCCCUUCGCCGCCAACAGAGGCCGAGGAUCGCCCCAUCGUCCGCGAUAUCCGUCAGAGGGGCUGUCGCUCCGGGAUUUCCGGCUGCAGAAGUCGGUGUCUGAACUCGAGUAUUCCUGGGAAGGCUAAGCUGUACGACACAUUUCUCCACACAAAAUAGAGAAAGAGAAGAAGAAGAUAACUUGCUUUAACGGACCGGAGUUGGAGGCUAAAGACUGCGCGCAUCCCUUUUUUCUUGUCUUAUAGUCAUCAUUUUACCUAUUGUUUUUCCACUGUCAGGCUAUUCUGGGUCCCUGGGUAGGGAAAUUGGGGAGCGGAAUGGCAAAGGUCGGAAGGAGGGAAAGUAGGACGGAAGCGAUCAUUCUACAUACCUAGGUAGGUUUUCCUCCUCUCUCUCUUUCUAUGUCUCGGGAUCGCAUGGAUAGGUGUAUAAUUGUAUCAUUAUUGCUCCGUAUCAUUGUAAACACAAAAAUAUAAAGAGAGCAAGCAAAGCAAGCAUAUAAGAAAGUACCUACCUAGGUAAGUUUCAAGAAUCGAAACGAGAAAGUAAAGCAUACAUUACCCCCAGCUACCUUAGGUGGUAGGUACAGUAAAUAACGUUGGAAUAAAAUAUUUCUUCUUAUUUUCUACUUCGCCUCGAACUUGUCGUUGCAAUAGUACCU